AUGUGGCGUCAUCCUCGUGUGUUACACCCCUGUUCGUCCCUUGUGACACAGAAAGGGGUGGGGGGGGGAGGCCCCGCACAGGCCCUCUUACAAGGACGCCGUCACGUGGCGGACAAAAUCCUCGUGGGGAGUGGAGCCUCCCUCCUCACCGCCUGCUCCACUCUCGGGCUCUUUCACCUCCUCGUCGUCCCGCUCACGUCGGCAAUCGCGAUGGCGAGCCUGGCGACCGCGACCGCGACCGGGGCGCUCUGCGUGAUCGACGGCGGCAGCCAGGACGGGACGACCUUCGGCGCCAUCGUCGGCGCCUUCAUUGCCGGCCUCGGCGGGUUCUACGCGAAAUCACAAAAUGAACCCUGGAAAAAGUAA